UUUUUACUACUCGUAUUAUUGUAAAUCAAAUACAUACUUGGGAAGGACCAUUUAUAAGAUGUGAAUAUGAAAAUAUCAAAUAUGAAAUUGAACAAGAAUUAGAAGAGAUGUUUGAUUCUUGGAUUAGUACAAAUUGUACAUUAAUAACUGAAAAUAUAAAUUAUAAGAUUAAUUUUAUGACUAAUGAGUUUAUUGUAACUAUGGAACGAGAAUAUGAUGAUUAG